CUCUCUCUCUCUAUUUUUUUUCUUCUGAAGAAGAUCUCUUUUCAAAAAACAAACAGUUAUUACACUGCAACGAACUUCCUUCCUUCCUUCCGGUUUUCUGGAGGAUGCCUGUGGCUGGAACGUUUCUGGAACCUUGAUUGCAACUAAAAGUCUCAAACAUUGUAUUUGUACACAUUGAAGACUGUCUUACUUUGAAUCAUAAUAGGCUCAUCAAAACCAUACUAGUUGUAAUUCACGGUAAUGCUUGUUCUAAUUGGUGUUAGUAUUGUUGUUAUUGAUCCAAUUCGUGAUUGUAAACGUGGAAUUCAGUUCAGAUCUUCUUUAUGUUGGGCACUUCAUUUUUGAGCUGUAUGAUAUGAUCUCCAGGAUAAAAGAAUAGGUUCUUUUUUUUAAUAACUCGGGAAGUAGUUGUUGAUUCAAUAAUUUGGACAUGAGAAGCUCUUCGUCGAAUCAACACAUUGUCAAUUUUGGCCGUAGUAGACAGACGCCGCCGCUUAGUUUGUUGUUAUUGUGUUUUGUUUGUGUCGUAGUCAUAAUUGUAGUCUUGGGAUCUACUUCUUCGAAAAGUUUAGAGGGUUUGGAUACGUCCGCGAUACCGGAUUAUUAUAACAACUACAGAAGGUUAAAAGAACAAGCAGUGAGUGAUUUCUUGGAGAUAAGAUCGCUUUCGUUAGGGAUAACUAAUACAAGAGAGUUUGAGUUAUGUGGUAAGGAUAGAGAGAAUCAUGUCCCUUGUUAUAAUGUAUCGGCGAAUUUGUUAGCGGGGUUUCAUGAUGGGGAAGAAUUCGAUCGGCAUUGUGAGGUUUCAUCCGUGGGGCAACGUUGUUUGGUGCGGCCUCCAAAGGACUAUAAGAUACCACUGAGAUGGCCAGCUGGGAAGGAUAUUAUAUGGAGUGGCAAUGUCAAGAUAACGAAAGACCAAUUCCUCUCUUCUGGAAGCAUGACUAAAAGAUUAAUGUUAUUAGAAGAAAAUCAAAUUGCUUUUCAUUCUGAGGAUGGUAUGAACAUUGAUGGUGUGAAAGAUUACUCUCGCCAGGUCGCAGAGAUGAUAGGUCUGGGGAGUGAUACAGAAUUUCGCCAAGCUGGAGUGCAAACUGUACUUGAUAUUGGCUGUGGAUUUGGUAGCUUUGGAGCUCACUUGCUGUCACUAAACUUAAUGACUGUCUGUAUUGCCGCAUAUGAAGUGUUUGGGAGUCAAGUCCAACUGGCUCUUGAAAGAGGUCUUCCAGCUAUGAUCGGUGACUUCAUUUCUAAGCAAUUACCAUAUCCAUCAUUGUCGUUUGACAUGGUUCAUUGCGCACAGUGUGGUAUCACAUGGGACAAGAAAGAUGGGGCUUUUCUAAUUGAAGUUGACCGCUUGCUCAAGCCUGGAGGUUACUUUGUUUUGACAUCGCCUACAACUAAUCCUCAGGGAGGUUCUUUGAAUUUAAAAAAGGUGACUGUAUCCACACCGCUUGAGGAGUUUACUGAAAGUAUCUGCUGGAGUUUACUGGCUCAGCAGGAAGAGACUUUUGUUUGGCAGAAAACAUCAAAUGUUCAAUGUUAUGCAUCUCGCAAGGAGGGUAGUACACCUCCAAUUUGUAAAGCAGAUUUUGAUGGUCAGUCUUAUUAUCAACCUCUACGAUCGUGUUUAAGUGGAACUACCAGCAAACGCUGGAUCCCCAUACAAAACAGGUCUACCGGUUCUCAUUUGAGCUCAGCCGAGCUUGAAGUUCAUGGAGUACAGCCUGACGAUUUUCAAGAGGACACGGAGCUUUGGAGGUCAGCACUGAGGAACUACUGGUCAUUGCUGACGCCUUUGAUUUUCUCCGAUCAUCCAAAGAGGCCUGGUGAUGAAGACCCAUUACCUCCAUUUAACAUGAUACGCAAUGUGAUGGACAUGAAUGCUCAUUACGGAGGUUUAAAUGUUGCACUUCUAGAAGAAAAAAAGUCAGCUUGGGUUAUGAAUGUUGUCCCAAUAAGGAGCGCAAAUACUCUUUCUAUCAUACUUGAUCGAGGUUUUGCUGGUGUUCUACAUGAUUGGUGUGAACCGUUUCCCACAUAUCCCAGAACAUAUGACAUGCUUCAUGCGAAUGGGCUCCUUACAUACUAUAAGUCAGAAAACUGUGAAGUUUCAGAUUUAUUCUUGGAAAUGGACCGUAUUCUGCGCCCUGAGGGGUGGGUUGUCCUACGUGAUAAAUUUCAAGCUAUAGAGAAAGCACGUUCUCUUGCUACACAAAUCAGAUGGGAAGCACGAGUCAUUGAACUGCAGAAUGAUAAUGACCAGCGGUUACUAGUUUGCCAAAAGCCAUUCUGGAAGAAGUGACUUGUUUAAAUUCGUAUAUAUCACUUUUACGAGGAAGAAUCCGAGGUAAUUUGUUCGAACUAGUAGGGCUAUCUUUGCACUGUCACAAAAACUUAUCUGUAAUUCACAUAUACUUGCACGAUCUGAAUCAGAAUGGUUUGGCAAGUAGGGUUGUGUUUCAAAAGUGAAGAAAAUACUUGAUUUUCUUUUGGGCAGAGGAUAAAUCGGAUACAACUUUUUCCUCAUCAUUAUUUGCUUGCGAGUGUCGAGCAGUUUCGGGUACUACAUGUAGAAAACGAGGAACCACACAAAGCUGUUGAAUGGGAAAGGAUUCCCUCUGUGAUUACCUGAAAUUCUUUUCUUGAUGUCAUUUGUAGCAAUUCUUUCACAUUUUGUUUCGUUUGUUUUUCUUGUCAUUUUUUGUUCUAAUUGUAUUUCGUUACGAGUAUACAUGGAAUUGUAUUGAGGAACACUAUUUUUGUUGAGAGAAACAGUGCUAGUUGCGGAAGCCACGAAAUAUAAAGUUUGUUUUGUAA